AUGGUUUUCUGUCCAUUUCAGCGACGAGCUUCCGAGCCUCCCAAACCGCCCUCCGAUCUCAACUAUCCUCUCAUGGAUCUCUCAUCCCUCGAGGGCGCGCCGGUGGUUAAUCCAAGAUGCAUUGUUCCGCCAGAUACAACGAUUCCCUAUAUCCAUACAGACUCGCGUUCCAUUCAAUAUCUGCUCUCAAAACCUUUGCCAGCGAGGCCUGCUUCAAUAGACGCUGUCUCGCCAACACAGCAUCGUAACGAACUACAUGAUUGGACACCCAAUCGCUCUAAAAUCAGUGGCAAUCUAAGGCGGGCUUCGGCUCGUAGACGUGCGCGCGAUCCAUCGGACCAGCUGUCUCCCAACCAUGAUUCACAUUAUGAAUGCGAGAUGCGCCCACGUAUACAACAUAAUCCACAUCCUCCUGUACGACCAAGAAGCUGUGUGCCCCUCACUUGGCUCGAGGAUGAAAAGAAAUGGGUUGUUGGGGAGAUAUAUAUGCCACCAACACAUGAGUCUCGGACCCAAGAUGACAUGGCGUCUACUCGAUCGGCAGUCUCACCAAUUUCGCCCAUAUCGCCAACUACACCAUGGCAGAACGUCUUUCAGCGCCUUGAUGAGCACAUCAAUUUCAAUAAUCGCCUUUGUCAGGAGAAUCUGCUGAACCAACCCCAGUUCUAUGAUCGACACAGCUUUGGUCGGACACAUGACACAGAUAUAAAUGAUCGAGUUUCCAGCUGGGUUGCAACUACUCAAAGAAUGCAUGAAGAUCGACGGAAUUGGAUGUGA